UGAGCCUACACCAGCCGAAAACUGGAUUGUCUCGUGAAUGGAUUCUGGAUUUGCACGGAAAACACACAUUUUAAUCGCAUUAAUAGAGUUUCAAUACAACAGCGCAACCGAACAAGUAGAAAGCAAUACUCGCACUCCUGAAACAUCCACUACCUCCCAUCGUAACCAUGAGAUUCAACGUACUUGUAAGCAUAUUUAUUCCACUAGCAGCAGCACAAAUCACUAUCAAAUCGUGUUCCUACAAUGAAUUCUGUGUCGACAUACGAAGCUGUCCAAUGUUCAAGCAAUAUGCUGGCAUGAGUUUCCGAUACUGGCCCUCGGAUCUCAAAAAUAUGGCCAAGGACAAUUUGUGCAACCAGGAAACGAUCGGUACGCAGAAGAUCCUCAGCGUCUGCUGUCCCUCGGUUAUGAACAGUCGAUCCUGUGGCAUACAAGCCGGCGAUCGAAUAUCGAAGGGUCAAGUGGCAAAGCCAUUCGAGUUUCCAUGGAUGGCCCUGCUGGCUCUAUCAAGUGGAGAUUUUGUCUGCGGUGGAACUCUUAUCAGCAACAGAUAUGUCCUAACGGCAGCACACUGCACCAAAUUUGAUAGAAUAAAAUCAGUAAGACUGGGUGAAAACGACAUCACAAAAGACGUGGAUUGCAACAUUCUGGAUGGUGAAAAGGAUUGCGCUCCUCCACCACAGGACAUAACGGUUGAGAAAAGCAUUGUUCACCCACAGUAUAGCGAUCGGUCUAAAACGAAUGACAUAUCUCUUCUUCGAUUAGAGUGGCCAGCGAAAAUGGGAGACAGCGUUCGUACGAUUUGUCUUCCCAGUGGAACCAAGGAGGAGCGGGCCGUCAAUCCAUCGUUCCUGGUCGUUUCGGGAUGGGGCCUCACCGAAAGGAACUCAUCCUUUGACGUGCUGAGAUUUGCGCGAGUUCCACCGGUUUCGAUAGAAGACUGUGCUCCCAAGAUACAAAGCCUCAUCAAUCAUGUUAGGCUGGAUGAUAGCCACGUUUGUGCCGGAGGCGUCGAUCAGGUGGACAACUGUGCCGGUGACUCGGGAGGUCCAUUGCAGUAUAUUUCCAAUAAAACUUCGAAAUAUAUCCAGUACGGCGUUGUGUCAUUUGGAGUCAGGACCUGCGGAGAAGUAAGCUUACCUGGAGUGUAUACAAAAGUUGAGCACUUCAUUAGUUGGAUCAUGGAGCACGUUGACGAAUAAAAUCGGCAUUGAUGUUUAUUUGCAACUGGAUACGCAUGUGGCAACUUCGGAACGUUUCACGGUAAGAAUUUAUGGAUCGUCUGCAUUCCUGCGGAAAUAAAGAAAGGAAAAGUUGGAGG